CUAAUUUGGACAAUUCAUCCAGUGUAUUUCCACUUCUACAGCCCUACAAACCUUAUAUAUUGGGAUAAACCUGGAUUAAAUUGGGAUGAUUGGAUCAGACGACUGGUUCCAUGCUGUUAUGGCUCUCCACCCACUCCCACCUCCUGCUUUACAGGGGAGGUGCUUUGGGUGGGUCCCUCAUGUUUAAUGCAUUAUCCUGUUCCCUAUAUCCUGUCGCCGCCUGUUCCUGCAGGGGACUGGAGAAAGGGAGGGACGGUGUUGACAUGACUGGGCGGUUUUACACAUAGCCCACCGUGCAUCAAGUUAGGUGACAGCCGCGGGGGCUUCACGGAAGUUUGUGUCUUACUGCGUGAAAGGACCCAUCCCGCCGCGUGGACUGUCCUUUGCACUGCAGCACCAGGACCUUGCUGAAAUGGGCGUGCACGGAGAAAACUGGGAGCACUUGGACACCAAACUCAGUAUUUGAGAGUUCCUCUUCGUCACGGAGGCUCUAGCUCGUGAUGCCUAAGUGGACUCCUGUUUGUCUCUGUGGGACAGAGACGAUAAAGUUGAUGGAGUUGGAGUCGGUGCGUGAUUUACAAAAAACAAACUGGACAUGAAGCACGCAGAGUAACUUAUAAAAAGUUCUCUAUCACUUCUGCGGUUGUACUUUAACCUCCGGGGUGUUUUAGAGGUAUUACGCACGCUUCGUAUCACCUUUCCCCCCGGGGUCACCAGAUUUGAGAGCCUUUAAAGUAAAGUCUUUAUUUAAAAAUAAAAAACAAACAACGUGGUGAGGAGGAUGGAGCCGGUUUGCGGGAAAGUGGGGUCGGGGUCUUUAGUCGCCGGCGGGGGAACCGGCGGCGUGAGUGGUGCGAAGGCGCCCAAACAUCUGUGGCGGCAGCAGAACCAGGCUGCGCUCUCUCCGCUCCACCACCACGCGUUGGUAGUGCGCAAGAACGACCGCGUGAGACAAAGAGGCUUUUCGGACACCGAGAGAUAUCUCAACCCGAGGAACAUGGAUCGGACUUACGCAGUGGACACCGGGCACCGACCCGGGCUGAAGAAAUCCAGGAUGUCGUGGCCGUCGUCCUUUCAAGGUCUUCGACGUUUCGAUGUGGACAAUGGCACGUCAUCAGGUCGCAGCCCCCUGGACCCAAUGGCCAGCCCGGGCUCAGGCCUCAUCCUGCAGGCCAACUUUGUCCACAGCCAACGGAGAGAGUCGUUCCUCUACCGCUCUGACAGUGACUACGACCUCUCGCCGAAGUCUAUGUCCCGAAACUCCUCCAUUGCCAGUGACAUUCAUGGUGACGAUAUGAUUGUAACGCCAUUUGCACAGGUUCUUGCCAGUUUAAGAACUGUACGGAACAACUUUGGUGCAUUAACAAAUCUACAGCAAGACAGAGCAUCCAAUAAGAGAUCACCCAUGUGUAACCAACCACCCAUCACCAAGACCACCUUCACAGAGGAGGCCUACCAGAAACUGGCCACUGAGACCCUGGAGGAGCUGGACUGGUGCCUGGACCAGCUGGAGACGCUGCAGACAAGACACUCAGUCAGCGAGAUGGCCUCCAACAAGUUCAAGAGGAUGUUGAACAGGGAGCUGACUCACCUGUCAGAGAUGAGCCGCUCUGGGAACCAGGUGUCCGAGUUCAUCUCCAGCACUUUCUUGGACAAGCAACACGAAGUGGAGAUGCCAUCCCCUCAGAUGCAGAAGGAGAAGGAGAAGAAGAACAAGCCGAUGUCUCAGAUCAGCGGGGUGAAAAAGCUGCAACACUCCUCCAGCCUCACAAACUCCAACAUCUCUCGCUUUGGAGUAAAGACUGAAACUGAGGAUGAACUCGCUAAGGAGCUGGAGCAUGUGAAUAAAUGGGGCCUUAAUGUUUUUAAAAUCUCAGAGUUCUCUGGGAAUCGGCCGCUAACAGUCAUGAUGUACACGAUAUUCCAGGAGAGGGACUUGUUAAAAACUUUUAAAAUUCCACUCGACACCUUUAUAACAUACCUGAUGACCUUAGAAGACCAUUAUCAUGGCGAUGUGGCCUACCAUAACAACAUCCAUGCUGCUGACGUCACCCAGUCAACUCAUGUGCUGCUAUCCACCCCUGCCCUUGAGGCUGUGUUCACAGACCUCGAGAUCUUAGCUGCCAUCUUUGCCAGUGCGAUUCACGACGUGGACCAUCCUGGAGUCUCCAACCAGUUCCUCAUCAACACCAAUUCGGAGCUAGCGCUGAUGUACAACGACUCGUCCGUGUUGGAGAACCACCAUCUAGCAGUCGGUUUCAAGCUCCUACAAGAGGAGAACUGUGACAUCUUCCAAAACCUGACCAAAAAACAAAGACAAUCACUGCGAAAGAUGGUCAUUGACAUUGUUCUAGCAACAGACAUGUCGAAGCACAUGAAUCUACUGGCUGAUCUGAAAACUAUGGUGGAAACAAAGAAGGUGACCAGCUCGGGUGUUUUGCUGCUGGACAACUAUUCUGACAGGAUACAGGUUCUCCAGAACAUGGUGCACUGUGCGGACCUGAGCAACCCCACCAAGCCUCUGCAGCUGUACCGGCAGUGGACGGACCGCAUCAUGGAGGAGUUCUUCAGCCAGGGUGACCGGGAGAGGGAGCGGGGCAUGGAGAUCAGCCCUAUGUGUGACAAACACAACGCAUCAGUAGAAAAGAGCCAGGUUGGUUUCAUAGACUAUAUCGUUCACCCUUUGUGGGAGACGUGGGCUGACCUGGUCCAUCCGGAUGCCCAGGACAUCCUGGACACGUUAGAAGACAACAGGGAGUGGUACCAAAGCACCAUCCCCCAGAGUCCCUCUCCUGUGUUGGACGAUCCUGAGGACGGCACUCGACCCCCAGGAGGGGACAAGUUCCAGUUUGAGCUCACCCUGGAAGAAGACGGGGAGUCGGACACUGAGAAAGACAGUGGCAGCCAGCCGGAGGAGGAGGAGGAGGAUGAAGAAGAGGAGGAGGAGGAAGAGGAGGACAACAGCUGUACUGACUCUAAAACACUCUGCACGCAGGACUCUGAAUCCACUGAGAUUCCAUUGGACGAACAGGUGGGGGAGGAUGAAGAGGAGGAGGAGGUGGUGGAAGAAGAGGAAACACCUUGCUCGCAAUCGUGCGUGGUGGAGGAAGAGGUAGCAGAGGUGAAGGAGGAUGAGGAGGACGAUGAGGACAAGGAGAAAUCCCCAGACACAUAGCAGUUUAUAGACAGCACCUGAUUAACUGUUCUUAGUAAUUACAGAUGAUUAUUUAUAGAAUAUUUUUUGGGUUUUGUGGAGUCUGUCUGUGUUUUUUAUACAUCUAUGUUUAUGGUUCCAAAGCGUUCGCUGCUCUCCACCUUGGCCACUCCUCCCGUCAGCUUUGUUUAGACACGCCCACCGGUACUUCUUCAAGUUUUUUUGCACUCAGGAAAACACCUUUCCAUUCCCAUUCGUACUGAGGUGGUGUGUCUUUAUUUCAAUUCUACACCCCCCCUCCCCUUUUACAAUCUUUACCUUUAGCACACGGAUGAACAGUUCAGAUACAUAACCUCACAUUUUUCUUCCCUCCGCUUCAUCUCAGCCUUGCCUGAAAGUUUAGCAGUGUUUUUUAUCAAGUGCCCAUACUCCACAAUGACGUUACCGGCGUGUUCAAGGAGAAUCUCCUUCUCGAUUAGGUCAUUUCCUCCACGCUACAAAUUAGGAGGCGCACUCCUGGUGUUCUUGCUGAAAAGCCGACGGGACGCCGCAGAGACGAAAGCUGCAGCGCACUGGGGGAGCUUUUCAAGACACAUCUCUGAUGUGGUUGUCUUCCUAGAAAACCUGACUGACACAAAGCUCAAAUCUACACAGCCAUCAACGCUGUCCUAGACCUCUUUCAUUUUUUUAUUGUACUGUAUGUACUGUAUGUAAGAGUCAGAUAUUUUCUAGAAUUUACUUUUGCAAUCCUUGGUUUUUUGUUUGUUAGCGAGGAUUUUCUUUUGGAAACCAACACGGGGAGAAAUGAGUCUCAUACAUCCGGUGUUUUUGAAGGGAGGUAUCUUUACAGCCGGGUUACAUUAGGAGUUUUCUGAGGUGCUCCAAUAGCAUUUAUACUCUCCCAAUACCACUGUACUCAUAUUUGGUUUAGUCCUGUGAGUGGAAAUUUGGAUUUUCCUUUUAACCUUUACUUUUGGUGAGUUUUCACUAAGCAGGAAGCAGAGACCUGAAGUCUCGUGCUUUGCUCUCAUUGAAAUUGUUUUCUGAUGUGGAUGACGCCUUUACAUUUUCCUUAUUGUUGCCUGCAGUUCUUUUUGAACACAUUCUGAGACAAUGCAAUGCUUUGUAGUCGAUACAAAAAGCACCUUUUUUUUAGACGCUUGAUUAGUGCUCCGAGUAUACAGAAAUAGUAACAUAUUAAUAAGAAAAAAAUGACUUGGGUGAUUUUAUACCAAUGCUAUGAAAGUCUUUUAUUGUUUUUUAUUACAUUUUUCUCCCACAUUUUAAUUUGAAGUAUGUGUCACCAACAGCCUCACACCUGUUGUGAGGUGUGAGGCUGUUGGUCAUUUUUCCUUAUUCUCCAUUCAUUUUAUUUUCAUCUGAAUUACAUUUAAUUUGCCAUCACAACAUGAAACUCAAUGGCUGUCUUUGUUUUUGACAAGACAAUCAGCCUCAUUGCGUGGUCGUCACAUGAGACUAUCCUAGGUAGAUACUCUAAUGCACUGAUAUAUUCAUAUAUCACCACUUUCAUCUUUUUAUACAUUUAAACACGCCAAAACACUCAUUCAUGAGCAAUGCUGUCUUACAUCUCGGCCAAGUGACUCUUCCUUUUUUUUUUUUUUUUUUCUAUCAUUUUUCACUGUACACCUGAUGCUAUUAUUUAUUGCUAUAUUUUUCUAUUUGUCGAAUUGUUUGUUUUUUUGCAAUAUAAAGUUGGUACAGUUAAUAUCUUACUGUAGCAUAGACCAGUACAGGCUUACCAGUUACAAUACCCAAAUAUACUUUUAUUUCUCACUUGUACAUAAAAUAUAGAAAAUCAACAAAAGAAAAAAAAACACUUGAAAUUCUGCACACUGCUUUUUUUUUUUUAAACGAGUGCUUGUUUUAAUUUUGUGUCAUUUCAAAACUUUUUAUUUAAUCUUUAAUUUUGUGCCAAGAUUUAUUUUCUCUCUUUUUUUCCAUCCUCACCCGAUGCCCUUACCUGUACUAAAAAAAAUUCUGGUUUUAUCGCUGUUUACAAACAUAUAUUUAUUGUGCUGUAUAUAAUAUAUAAUUAUUAAUGUUAUUACUAUCAUAAUGCCGUUUGUUGUAAAUGGUUGAUUCUUAUCAUCCCUUUUGGUGAUGGUGUGGCUGUAUUUACGUACCUCUUGUUGAGAGAAUGUUUAUUACACAUGAGCUUCAGUAUAAAAAAAAAAGAUCCAUCGACAUCUUGCUUAUCUGAGAACUAGCUCAGCGAAGAGAGGGGGAAAGCCAAAUUGUUUUUUAAAAAAAGAAGCUGUUCCUUGGCCCAUGGGCUGUGCCUUAAAUUCAACGCAUGUAAUUUACCUAAGCUUUUGAUUUCUUUUUAUUUUCUAGUUCUCUCUUUUUGCUGCAUUAGUGAAUCUCCUGGCUUGAGUUGGCCUGGUCUGCUGUUGUGUGGGGGGGGGAGGGAAGUUGCCUUUUACCGUCGCAGCCAAACACAAUUUUGCAUCAAAAAGUUUGGCACUGGGUGGAAACAUACGUUGUCGGUGCAGAGAUUCAGGUCAACUGCAAGUCAGAGAUUUGCUACUUGAGUGACGUGUGGCCGAUAGCUGGAUGUGGAAGAGUCAUGUUUGCUGUAGACCUGGUCGCAACAACUCACGCCUCCUUUACACCCCGCCACUAUACGCUCAAAGACGUGACUCAGCAGGUUGGAUGUGGACAAUAUGGGAGCAACUUUGCCUCUUUGUCAAUUGUGUGUGAAGUUGCUGCAGUGUUGUCCACAUCCAGCCGGCUGUGUCACAGCUACAAACACUGAAUGGGGCACUACAGGAGUGUGCAGUUGGACCGCGGCCUGUGAAGCUGCAAGGCUUUGAGACGCAUCUGCAUGUUCAGCCACUGCUGCAUUAAUUAUGGCUGAAACACUGACGGUGUGUUGCUUGUCUAUGCUCGGCCCACACUUCCACUCGCAUUACUUGCAAUAUCCAAAACCACUGACAUCCUUCUGCCUGGACAGGAGAAGGGUUUAGUAUAUUUGUGUAGUGAAG